AUGCCGGGCCGGAGAGAGCCGGGGCGGGCCACCGCGACCUGCCCCCUCCCACCCGGCGCCCUUCGCACCGCGCCACGAAACCGCCUCCCCUGGCGGCGACCGAGAGAACUGCACGCGCACGUCACCCGGGAGCCUGAGCCUCAGCCUCUUCCCUGCGCACCGGCGCUCUCGUGUAAACCCGCAUCACCGCCCGGGGCAGCCCGCAGGAAAAGCAGCAUCCCUCCCUCGCCCUGCCUGGCUCCAGCCCCCGAUGGUCUCACCCGCCCCCCGAUUUCACUUCCCCAUUGUCACCAGUCUCGAACUAACCCGUCCCACCACCCUCCACAGCUCCCCCUCAGUCUGUCUCCCUGCUUCCCCAGCCCUGUAAGGUUUACCAGCUUCUCCCUUCAGUGUCCCCACCCCAACUCUCCCCUCUCUCACUGCUACCUCAAUCACUUCUGCCCCGCAGAGUCACGGCCCCAUCAUCUCAUCACCUCCCCAUCUCUAUUCCCAGCACAUCUCACCAUCCCCACAACAUACCUUACACGGUCUCACCACCCUCAGAACUGUCCCUCACAGAGUUUCAGUGCUGACCCAACCCACUUCCGCGUCACUAGCCUCACAAGCCCCUCAGUCUCACUGCCCCCCCAAACCCACCUCCGGGGAGUUUUCCUGACCCCACAACCCAGCCUCAGCCCUGGCACUUCCACCUUCUCUCAGGCCAGCUCUCUGUCCCAACAACUCAUCCCCAGUCUCCUCCGCGACAGCGCCCCCGGCCCGCGUCCUCCUGGGCGGCCGCAGCAGCAGCGGCCGAGGAGCCUGAGAGGAUGUGGCCCCCGGGCAAGUGGGGGAGACUCCGAGGUGAAGAGGCUGCUGGCGCGGCCCGAGUGCUGGAGACUGACAGCAGCACCUAGAGGCUCCAACCAAGAUCCGAUUCCCUUUUAUGCCUUGCACAUUGUAAGAGACGGUCCCUACCCUGAAGAUCUUACAAUCUAAAUGGACAAGACAAUGAGUUUGAGAGGAAACAGAAUUGAAUUUGCAGGUUACAGGCCAGCCCAAUCUCCUCCUCCAGCAACAUUAUGGGGUGUGUGUGUGUGUGUGUGUAACUCACUACCAGAUAUCUCUCCUUGUGCAAUGAGACUGGAAUGGGAAGGCAAUUCAUCAUCUAAUGCUUCCUUCUAGCUGGGACAUCACAAAUCAUAAUAAGGUGGAUCUGAUAUUCAAUAUAAUUUUGGGAAAGGCUGUGUCUCUUCUAUUUAAUAAUUCUACUGUGUAAUUUAUUGUGCUUUUCAUCAGCCUCUUUUGCGCCUUUUAAAAAAACCUCACUUUGUUCCUGUUCCACCUGUUUUUCAAAUCAUGUCUGUUAAAGGAAAGUAUGGAUCUCUCCAGUAAAGAUUAUUUAAUAUUGUGGAUUUAGCAGGUAUGUAGUGCAUUACAUCUUCAAAGCACUGUACAGAUAUUAAUUUAUUAGUUCUCACAACACCACUGUGAGGCAGGUAAGUGGGUCAGUGGCAGAACUAAUGGCAGAUAGGACUCAAGAGCUCAUGGCUCAGAGGGCUGUGCUCUGACUACUAAAGAACACUGCCUUACACAUUUUAUACUUCUUUUAAAAAGCAUGUAUCAAAAAUGUUAUAUUUGUCAUGUUUUGAAAACAGUACAGCAUGUUUUUAUGGACAUAUACUGUACUUGACAUUUAUCUUUCAGAUUAAAAUCUGAGGGAACAACUCCACAACUUCCAUAUCCAUAUGCCAGAACAGAGAAAACUGUAGAAAAGCAACAUGAUGGAAUAUAUGUUGAAAUGAAAUAAUUGUACAGUAAUUCUACCCUAAUAAAAAUUGUCAGUGUGGA